AUGAACAAUUACCACUUUUAUGAAGAAAUUGGCCGAGGGAAGUACUCAGUAGUUUACAAAGGUCAAAUGCUACUUAUUGGUAUUAAUUUUUAACGCGCUGCUUGAUUCUUAGUUUUCAACGCGCCUUUUGAUUCCAAAAGGAAGUUAUGAUCUGCCUUUUAACUUCAAGCUCAUUAUGUUAGGCACUCUUUUUUUAUUAGAGGCCGCCAAGGGUGGAUGAGUUUUUACCCUAAAAUAGGGACUCUUCCAAUGGGUUUGUUGUUUACGGAGAGGGAGAUUAAGGGUCUUUUCCUCAGAAAUGUUAAGCAGUAAAAGCACCAUGCCCCGAAUAUUCAAAAACUAGCCGUUCUAGCCAUGCACUUGGUGCUCCUUAGCAUAGCUGCGAAAAUGGAAACUGAACCCAUAAUAAUAAAUUGCUUAAGAUGACAAUUUUCGAAGAGAACUGGUCCCAGUCACGCCAUUUUAUUAUUAUACAAAGGUAGAAUCAAAAAAACAAUCACGUAUAUUGCAGUAAAAUCGGUUGAAAAGUCUCGCCGUUCUAAAGUUCUUACUACCCAUCUUUAAUCGAACGAUAAAAUGAAAAAAUUUCAAAAAUAGAGAAAAUUAACUGCAUUCUUGGUCGAGUAAUUUUCAGAAGCAUUCCUAUAUCCUACCUAAAUCUAGCAACUUAUAUAUAAAAAAAUGAAUCUUAGAGACUUUAUUUAUAAUCGCUCUAGCGAAAUUGUAAUGUUAAUUUUAAGCAUAUUUGUAUACUCUAUCUCUUUAUGUAAGCACAAAAAUUUUUAAGGUCACUAUAAAUUUUUAUACAUAAUACUUUUAACUCCUAUUCUUAAUAAAACGAUGACUAUCAGUUCGGUCAAGGACAGGGAGUUAACGAAGUCCGCAUCAUGCAUGAAUUGGAUCAUGAAAACAUUCUAAAAUUUUUUCAAUGAUACGAAACUCGAAACCAUCUCUGGUUAAUGUUUGAGUAUUGUCCAGGUGGUGAUUUAUUAAGUCUGAUUGACAAAGACAAGCAACUCCCAGAGGCCACUGUAAGGCAGCUUGGCAGUGAUUUAAGAGAUGCACUUUAUUAUCUUCACACUCAUGGAAUUAUUUUUGCCGACUUAAAGCCAUCAAAUAUUUUAUUCAAUGAAUACGGAGUUGUCAAGCUCUCAGAUUUUGGCUUGGCCAGAAAAAUCAACGAUGUAGACCCUGACAAAGAGGGAAGAAGAGGAACGCCUUAUUACAUGGCGCCUGAAUUAUUUGAAGAAGGAGGGGUUUACUCCUACUACUCAGAUUUGUGAAGUCUUGGGUGCGUUUUAUAUGAGCUAGCUGUAGGAAACCCUCCGUUUAUGUCUAACUCUUUUCAAGACUUAGUAAGCCAAAUCUUGACAAAAGAGACACCAGAGGUAAACAAGUGUUCUCAUGAAUUUAAUGACCUAUUAGGAGAUUUGUUACAAAAAGACCCAGCGAAGAGAAUUACAUGAGAAGAACUACUGGUACACCCAUUUUGGCAGCAGAGAGGUAAUCAGCUAGAAGUGGUUUUGCCUGAGCAUUCAAUGUAUGAGGAAUAUUUAAAGCGCAGAGGAGUACAACAAAGGAUGCCAACUGUAGCGCCUUCUCCUACAGCUCUUGACCAUUCAGUCGAUAUUAUGAGGAUUUCUCAGACUAUUCAAAGAAAUAUUUUGAGGGAAAGCCAAAAAGGGAGCUAUAAAAAUAAAGAAAAGCUGGAAAACGGCGACUUUAUGCUCCAAAGCAAAGACCAGGUGCUAGAAUUCGGAGAAAAAGCCCAAUCACAAGGAACAGAAAAUGCAGAGAAUAUGGAAAGCAAAGAAGAAGACCUAAGGGUUUUCCAUCAAAGAUCAAACAGUGCAGCCCAGCCAAAUACCCCAGCAAUUAAAAACCAAUUUAAGCCUCUUCCGAUAGAUCAGCUUUUAAUCCACAACACAGACUAUUCAGUAAAGCCAAUUAUUGAAUCUCGAGACUCAUCAACAGUUGUUGAUGUCAGCACAAGCAUAGAGUCCAUUGAGCCCUGGACUCCUGAAGAAGCCACCCAAAAAGUGGACAGUUCAGAACUUGAAAACCAUUUAAGUGAAGUUUAUUCUCAGCUGAGCAACAAUAUCAAUUCAAAAUCAAAACUCUCACUUUUGGGGUAUCUUGAAUCACUUAUCACCAGCUCUCCAAUGGCGAAUAAAUUAAUAAAUAGUGCUUUUGUGUCCCUUUUGCUGAAACUUUUGAGACUAAAGUCGUCAGAAAUUAAAGCCAAAAUCUGUUCAGUGUUUGGGCAGCUUUUGCGCCACGCAACUCUAAUAGAGUCUGAGCUUGCUCAAUCGGGGCUUGCUCAGUCAUUGGCAGAACAGCUAAGAGACCCUAAAGAAAAUACUCGUAGAAAAGCAAUUGCAGCAUUAGGGGAAUAUUUAUUUUAUGCAGCCACUCAAAUGGAUGAGGAAGAUAGUGACCCUGUAUGAGAUAUCAACAGCUCUUUAAUUUCAGUCUUAAUAAAGCUUUUAAAGCCAAAUGAAGAUGAAACAAUGAAGUACUACGCAACAAGAACAAUCGAAAAUAUCACUGCUCAAAGUAAGCGUGCAGGACUAAUGCUUGCAAUACCAGUAACAUUCAAUUAGGAAGUAGCAAUCGCGAUGGCAACUGGAUAUUCACAGUCAAGGUCAGAACUCCUUAAAAAUUCAGCAGCUGCAAACUUAUGCCACCUGGUAAGGCUGAACCAGAAAUUAUUUAACCCCUUUAAGACCAAUCAAGAAUCUCCAUCGUAUAUUAAAGGGGAUAAUUUUGUUUUAGAUUAAAAUUUAUAUAAAAGCAUUUUAUGAAAAAUCUUAUUUAAUUAAUAAAAUGUAUGCUUAAGAAUCCAGCCUGUGUUAAAUUUAAUUGAAUUAGCUAGAGAUCUUGUUAUGAAAAUAUUAAUUAUAUAUAAAAAAUAUUGUAACCAAACAUUAUUUUAAAUAAAAAUUAAAAGGGGUUUAAUUUCCAAAAAAUUGGCAUUUUUUGAAUGAAUUUCUUCAUUCUAAAGAAAAGGGAAGAUAGGGAAAUCUAUGAAAGGGUUUUGCCUUCAAAACAAUUUUUGGCUGGCUUGUCUGAUGGAGAAGGGAUGGUUCAGCAGGCUUUUUUGACGAUUGUUUGUAUGAGCUUGCAGAAUAAAGAAGUGAUUUUUAGUGAUGAACAGCUGAUUCCAAUACUUGUGGGAUUAUUAGAAAAUACUGGGAUUGUAAUAAGAGGAAAAGCUCUUCUGGCUAUUAUGUUUAUUGUGAAGCAUUCAGCUGAGAACCUGCUAACUUUAGGCAAGACGCGGUUUUAUCAGUUUUUAGAUAGGCUUGCUCGUGAUAGCUACAAAUAUGUCCAAUGCUGCUUGCACCAUUUAUUAGAUUCAAUUGCAGAAUCGUCCAUGAAUAUAAUCAAAAUGGCUCUGGAAAGCAAUUUUAGUUGGUUUCCAGCGCUUUUACCCAUUUUUAACUCAACUUCUGCAAGAUUCAAGCUCCCUUAUCCAUCUCUUAUCAAGUCUUUAUCAAACCUGUUGUCUUUAGAUCUUGGAAAUAUGAAUGCUGCAGUUAUUGAAUUAACGGAAAGCUUAAGUACACACUCAAAAGCACUGCAAACAUAUUCCGAGUCAGUUUUAACCACUCUUCUCCCAACCCUAUUAUCAAUUCUUGAUCGAAGUACUGACACACGAUUCCGAAGCCUGAAAAUAUUUUCUGAUAUCAUUAUGCCUUAUUUAUUUGAAGACGACAUUUAUGAUCCUACAAACCUGAAUAAAUACUCAACAAAGCUGAUGAAUGAGCUCUUGGUCAACCAGCUGAUGCCAUUAUAUGGACAUUUACUUGAAGAUGAUGACCCAAUUCCUUUGUACUCUUUAAAGCUUUUGAGCGCAAUUGUUGAAAGAUGUGGGGCUUAUAUUGGAAUGAUUAAAUCUCAAGGCUUGAUAUCUAAUUUAAUUACUCAUUUUGAGCCUGGAGAUGCAAAAUUGAAUAUUCACCUGAUGCAGAUAAUCAAAAAAGUGAUUGACAGCAAAGAAAUAACCCUUGAUGAGCUGCUGGGAUAUGAAAUUAUAGGAAGACUGAACUCUGUAAUGCCUUAUAUUUUAGCUCAGGACUGGUGCAUUGAGACUGCGAUUGAUAUUUUAUAUGAACUCCUAUUUUUGAUUGCCAGUAAUUCAAGAGAUAAAUCAAACCCACCUCCUCAGACUUAUCCACUAUUGGAUAACCUAGGAAUCUGCACCAAUUUUCUAAGAUCACAAGACCCUGCAAUUUCCGAAAAGAGUGCUCAUUGUUUGCUGCUUAUUUUGCAAUUAUUUUCUAAACAAAUCGCAAAGCAUUGCACAGCUGAUCAGGCUCAAUCGGUUAUGGAUAUUUUGGUAUUUGAAAAGCCAAGCCUGCAAAAGAGAGCUCUUAAAGUAGUAAAGCAGCUGACAGAAAAUGGGUGUAUAAUCCAUGGGCUUCAAACUGUUAUUGAAAAGCUCAAGGAGCAUGAUGAUGCGGAGGUUGCAGAGUAUGCUCAAGAUGUGUAUAACUCUCUUUGUGGUAAUUAA